CGCUCCCUCUAUGAGCAUGUACGCCAUCAGAUGCUACAUGUCGUCCUGGAAUUGGUAUCUACGAAAACUACUUGGGGCUUCGUUCAGAACAGCUAGAGAGCCCGACAUGGGAGUUUCAUGCUUCCACAACUUUGGUGUUGUGUCUCCCUGGCGGGCGGCUCGUUUCGAUCACAUCUCACCGCCCUUCAAUGGCUCACCAAGACAGGGCGCAGUUGGGCGCAGCCUCGCUGCUGAUAGGAUGGGCUUUCUUUGCAGCGUUCUGCCUGCCAAUUCAUAAUGCUCUCUCGUAUCCCGCCGUUCCCUCCCAAGUCAUGUAUUACAACGACCGCCAUGUCUCGGCCACAUGGCCGCUGUCUUUGCACGCUGUUCUCGCUGAGAUCCUGAGGUGAUAGCACCUCUAUUGGACAUGAAACACAGAAAACGAAGCCGACAAUGUGGAAUACAUGGACCCUUUUGCAAGAGAUCCUCGAUACGUCUUCGUGGACGAGAAUGUCCCGCCGCUCCUAGCGAAUACCUACAUCCAAGACGGCUUCUUCCUGCCUUCAGCUAACUUUGAUGGCAUCCAACAAGGCUUCGAAUUUCCUGACCCCACCUUCCAGCCUGAGUCGAUGCAGGUUGACACCAAGAUAGCAUUAUCACCAUGGGGAGACGCGCCUGAGUUUGCCCAAGAUCGACCGCAGACCAAUGUGCCCGAUUGCAAAGAGUACCCAGAGUGCAGAAAGAGAUGUCUGACAAACAAUGGGGAUGGUGUCGACACCGAUGAAUCAGACUUCACGUUGGAUUUCGAGCCGUGCCCAAAAAAACAUAGAGGUGAAAUCGAAAACUAUGGUCUCCCUUUCUCUGAGUCUUUACUAGGGGGUUCUGCACUGCAUACCUCGCGUACGAUGUGCCCAAACGACCAGGACCCGUCCAGCUAUAAGCCGACUGAAAACGUUGUUGUUAGUCACAUGCACCAGCGCGCCGAUCAUCAAGUGAUCGCACGCACGCCCGACCAGCAAGAAGAAUUUCCAGUUACGUCCUCUUCUGCGGGCUUUGACUUUGAUCAGGCUGUUCUUCAACUUGAAGCGGCCGAGCUUUCGAUGAAAGAUGAAGAACAAGUUGCUCCCUUGCUUGACGAAGAGCGAUCUUCAUCGUGCGAGGUACGGUCUCAAACAUCGUCCGGCGAUGUGCAUUCAAGCGAAACCAACAUAGCGAGUCCAACUACAAGCGAUGAAGGACAGAUUGAUUGUGAUUACAAUGCCGACCUCACUCUGCAGCAGUGUGAUUCUUGUUUUGGAAUGAUCCACGCCAAAUUUUCAAACUCAAAGUUUGUUCCAGAUAACGAUCAACCUCACACCGAACUCUACUUGAAGGUGGAAGAAGAACUGGUUUUCUUGUAUCAAAGAGCAUCAGGCAAGUUUGUUGGUGUCACUGAUGCUUCCGCUGGCAGAACCCUGAGUCAACUGAAGAGCCGGUUUACUGUCGCAUUUCAUUCCUUUAUUGUACUCCAGGACGGCGGCGGACACAAGCAAAAGAUGCCACCUGGAGAAUACAAGCUUCAGAUCAUCAUAUAUGGGCUGAAUAAUGAUGCCGAUGAAGUCGGAGCUCUGCUAUCAACACACAAUUUAUUCUUACAGCAUCCUUGGCAAGUUGAUCCUACGAAGCCAUAUUCGAACCCACACUACCUCUCCCGGCCAGGGAGAGACAUGAAUGAAGAGCGGUACAGAAGUACAGCGGCCUCCUAUUCUUGUCCUGAUGAACCGGUGCUCGACGAGGUUGGUCAUGCUCGCGUGCUCAAGGUUUUUGAGUCUGCUCGUGGCCCCACCACGUUUGUGAAGCCUCGGAUUGCCACUUGUUUGAAGACACCCUUGAAAGACUACCAAAUGCUGGCCCUAGUCAUGAUGUUCGAAAAAGAAAACGGAACGAUUGAGGGGUCCAGUUUCCCAUCUUUGUGGCAGGUCCGCGACUUCUGUGGGAAAAAGAGACAUCUCAAUGCGGUUACGAAGGCAUUUGAAGCUGAAGGCGCUGACUUUCGCCAUGGUGGCCUCCUUGCAGAUGAUAUGGGCCUCGGGAAGACUCUGACUACCUUGGCAUUCAUCGCUUCUUCAAAAGCCGCUGGCAUUGGCAAUGAAGAUCAGUGUAAGGCGGAUUUGUCCCCGCAGCCUCCAUCUCUUGUUGUUGCCCCGAAGACAGCAAUUCCCGUUUGGGAGGAGCAGAUCCAAAAACACUUUGAGAGAAACAAGCUGCGACUUUAUGUCUACCACGGCGCAGCUCGGAAAAUCUCGAGUUUUACAUCUGUUACUCAUGACAUCGUCAUUACGACCUAUGAGACACUCACCACGGAAUGGUCCAGACACGCUAAGAAGCCCCUGUUUUCCCAUUUUUGGCAUCGCAUCAUUCUCGACGAGGCACAUGAGAUUCGCAACACCAAUUCAGCCAAGCAUCGUGCUGUCUGUGACCUGAGGGCUCACUAUCGAUGGUGCCUGACCGGGACCCCCGUUCAGAACAUGAUAGAAGACUACGGUGCAAUUCUCAAGUUUCUCCGAAUUAACCCAUUCCUUUCCAAACAUGCAUUCAACCACUAUAUCGCGAAUCCUAUCAAGUCCGGGCGAGAUGAAGGUUUCAGGACUUUGGAGACCCUUGUUAGGGCUACCUCGCUGCGACGGACAAAGCAAUCAGACCUCAAACAGGGUGACCUUCCCAAAAGGCAAGCAAUCAUUUACCCCGUUGAUCUUAGUGCAGCGGAAAGGAGUAUCUACGAAUUCUUCAGGAAAAGAGCUUCCAAUUUGGCCUUUGGUCCUGAUGGCGAGGCUGGGACGGUCACAGCCUUAGGCAAUAUUUUGCCAACUUUGACAAAGCUCCGACAAAUUUGCAACCACAGCACAGGGCUACUGUCGCCAGCAAUGCUAGCCGCUGCUGAGGAUCGAGGUCUAGGGUUCAUGACAGAUUCUGAUUUACAACAAGAUCGAUGUGACCAGUGCCAUCUACCGUUUGCAGAUGUCGAAGACGUUGGUCUCACGGAGCUGGACUUGGCCUGUGCGCAUUCGCUAUGUCAGAGGUGUUUGCGGCUGGCUCAGAAUAACGAAACUAUGCGAAAUGCCGAUGACCUGGAUUGUCCCGUUUGCAGCAAGGCUAGCUCGCGCUCUUCUCGUGCCGGUCCAAGAGGUGGUGCACUCUCCCAGACGCUACUCGAAGCCGAGUUGGGGCCUUCUACCAAGAUUCUGGCCCUCGUCCAGAAUCUCCGACAAGAUAGAUCUGAAUCAGCAGAACGACCUUACAAAAGUGUUGUUUUCUCCUGUUGGACGCGGAUGUUGGAUCUCAUUGAGCUCUUUCUCAAACAAGACGGAUUCAAAGUGCAGCGAAUCGAUGGAAGCAAAUCACUAUCACAGCGGCGUGAUGCUUUGAAAUCCUUCCGCGAGGAUUCCAACUGUCUUGUCAUGCUGGCAUCCAUUGAUUGCGCUGGUUGCGGGCUGGACCUAACAGCAGCAAAUCGGGUACAUCUAAUGGAACCCCAGUGGAACCCAAUGGCCGAAGAACAAGCUCUUGAUAGGGUCUACAGACUCGGACAACAACGGGACGUACUGGCAAUCCGCUACAUCGUCAGAGAUUCAAUAGAGGAGUAUGUCCAGCAAGUCCAGAAGAACAAGACAGAUUUGAUUAAUCGAACGUUUGGCGAGACUGGGUUGAGUCGACACCAAAUUGAGCAGGAACGUUUGGACCUUCUCAAACGCACACUGCUGUGAUCUCCCCAUGUUUUUACUGUCAAAUGCACUGUCGCUGUCGGAUAUGGAUGAAACUUUCCACUCUUCAACAGUGGCAGUUACUGCGAAAAUGUUGUAUUUCCAUACCACAUUGGAAGAAAAUGCCGUCCCCUAUCUUCGAGCGGUUAGCAUUGCUUCUUGGUGAGGAUUUGUCCAUUUGUCGAUGGAUUAUCCGUGGCGACUCUAGAAUACAAGGACAUACCGCUAUGUAUCACGAAUCUGUCGAGGCCGCUUUAGAUCCUGUCGGCCCUUGACUCAGCUCUUCCCUGCCUGAGUUUAUCUGGGUUCCUUAGAACUCAGAUACUAGAGUGUGCUUCUUUAAUGAUAUG